UUGUAAUGGUUCUCUAUAUCAAUACGUUCGAAAACAUGAAGUUUCGUUUCUUAGUCGUAUGUUUUAUGGCGUCCACAUUGAAAGCGCAGGAGCAAGAUUUCGAAUUGUCGUAUAUAGCGGAACAAAUGAAAGCAUACUGUGACAUUAGAAAUAGCAGAUCUCAAGAGAGACGUGAUAUGCAAAACGUUACCCCAAGAGUUGGCAAAGCAGGGCCGACCGGCCCCCAAGGGAUAAAGGGUGAACCCGGCAGUGUAGACUACGACCAUGUAGCGGACCUCGUACAGCAAAAAAUAACAGUGAUAGAAAACGAGCUAAAAAAAAUAAGAAGUGAACUGAAUGUCUGUGAAAGAAUGAAGACAGGUCUUUGUCCAAUGAAACAUAAUGGUAACUGCUAUUGGGCCAUUAAAUCUCUAAUGACUGCUGUAGAAGGACGUGCAUUAUGCCAGGCUGUCGGUGGGAUAGCUGCUGACGUUCUCGACGGAGUUCAUUUUGAGAAAAUCAGAGUAUAUUUGGCAACUCUAGCAAGUGAUAGUGAACACUUUUGGACAGGAAUGAAUUUUAAUACCAAGACUAGACAAGUUACACUUUCUGAUGGGACUUUGGCACCUCACGUGUAUUGGCACUCAAGUUAUCCAGACGCAUCAACAGGAAGAACAGCGAUUCUUUUUAGUUCAGAGUCAAAUCCUGCAAGCAACAGAGUCGGAUACAUAGACUAUUAUCUCGACAAAUCAGACAACAAACAAGCCGGAGUCAUUUGCCAAAUAUGAAAAGUAUAACGCUUGUUUCAUCCUUUGCCAUUCACCAUUUAAAAACUAAAACAAAAGCCUUUAAUCUUUGAAAUGGAUCGAAUGCAACGCAACAUUCAAGACUAGAGCGUUUAAAUACUUCUUUGUUAUUCUGUCACUAUUUUUGCAAUUUUCAACACGUUAUUAUUUGGACUAGUUAAUUAAAAUUAAAAUAUUUAAGAAUUGAAAGUGUAUACAAAACCAUUUGGAUAUUUAACCAUUAUACAGUCACAUACAUUUUGUAGUUGAGUUCAUGAAAUUCGUGAAAAUACUAUGAAAGUAAAAACACUCUGUUUGCAAUUAAAGUUGAAAUUAUAGUAAAAAAUUUUUGUUUAAUAUCGAAAAAAUUUAGAACGUUAGAUAAUAUACUUGCCCGGUUUCGUACAUACAUUUAGAUUCUAAUUAGAAUAUUUUUUGUGUAAUAUCUUCUUUGAUUUCAGUGUUCUAAUCCAGGGGUUCUGAAACUUUUGGUGUUGCGGAGCACUUGAAAAGGUUGGCUAUUAUUCACGGAGCCCCAAAAGAAAUGUUAUGAUUGUUACUUUCCGAUUAAUAUUAUUGAGUAAGUUAAAAGUACUUUACAUUAUUUAAAUGCUAAACCUUUUUAAUAGGGUUAAUACAAGUUAUAAAUAAAUCUAAAUUUCUAAGAUAAAUUAUGUAUAUUAAAGCUGUAAAUUGGACUCUUGACAAAUAUAUUAAUAAAUUAGGGGUCGAAUCUUUUCUUUUUUGACAUUUUUGGAAGACUUAAAAAGCCGCUAAUAACGUGCGCCAUUGUAUUUUGUUACAAUUGCCAAUGGCUUUCGUCAGCAUUGC